GAUGGCUGCUGAUACUACCGACUCCUCUGAUUAGGCUGAGGAGUUUCAAGCUGAAAAGCGAAAAUAUUUCUUGGAUUCAUCAGUUGGGAAUGCGUGUGUUCAGCUUUUCCAUUCACUUUUGAAAACAACUGUUACUGUGCGUACAGCAGAACUAGAAUGAGAAAGAAAUUAAUGAAGAACUCAAGCAACAUCCAGUGUUACAGCUGAUAAAUCAUCAUUUAUCUGGCAAAAUUGUCUAUGAAAAUAAGGUUAGAGAUUGUCUCAAUUACAAACUUAACAGUGCUGGUAAAAUGAAUUCUUUGGAUCAAACAUUUCUAUUUGAGAAAAUUCCCAAAGAAAACAACAAAAGAAAAGAAUUUGACAAUGGUGCAAACUUUGUCUCUGAAAUAUGGUUCAAAAAUCUCUCUAGUAGCUCAAAUACAGACUCAAAUUUUAUUUCAGAAAACAAAGUUGAGCGUACAGAGACUGAUAAUCAAGUUUUAGCAGAGAAUUAUGGCCAGCACAAAGUAAAUACUGGUCUCUUUGGGAUUCCUGCUAGUACUGAUCGGCUUUCUGAACUUGGCAACUUCACAUCCACAGUAAAAUCAUCCACUGAAUCACUUUUGUUUUUCAAGGCCAAUGAUACUCUUAGUGAUUCCCCUGGCUCUUAUCACACCGCUGUGUGCUCCGAUGUUCCAGAAAAUCUUAGUGACUGUAGUGGACCAUAUGAGGAUAUUGAAGAACUUGCUUCUGACCAUAAUGAAAGUCAAGAUGCUUCAGAAAGAGGUGUGUUGCAGGGCUUUGCUGACUCACAGAAAGAACAAAGUAAUGACUGGUUAAAUAGUUCUGAAAUUGAGACCAGUUUAAUGGUUUCCUCACUAGCACCUCACUUUAACUGCUGGGAAGAGCAAGAACAAAGAUUUAUGAAUAAACAUGAGAUGAAAUUGAGUGAACUAAAUGUCAGGAGGGAACUAACUAGUGAGAAUAUGUCCUCUGGGUUACAUGGUAGGAAUGUGCCUGAUGUUAACUCUGAUUGCAAAAUGGAUGUGAGAUUAACCCUAAAAACUGCUGAUGAGAAGAAUUCCUUUGGGAAUGAAAUCACAUCUAGUCCCCAGGAAGAAAGGAAGGUUUGCGGUAGUGAUAUGGUAGAUAAUGAUACUUUGUUAACUGCAAAGAGCAAUUCAAAUGCCCAAGGAGUGGACAACAAAUCGACUAAAUGUGAUCUAACAGAGACAAGCACUAAUCGAAAGGACUGUAGCCGAAAUGGAGACCAACAGGUUCAUUUGUCAAUCACGGCUCAAAAUAGCAAAGCUGCAAUGAGAAGUAAUGGAGUGCAGCUGUUGCAAAAACAGGAGCCUGAAGCAAAUAUACAUGAAUGUCCAGGCUGUUAUCUACAUCUUGGCUUAAAUGAACAUGAUGAAAUGUCUCAAAAAGAUGAGUCUGAAAAUGGUUCAAAAAAUGAUUCAUGUAUUAAUGGUAAAAGAAACCAUGCUGAUAGUGUGAGUGAAACGUCUAGUUUUGCAAGCGAGCUCGAUGAGACAGAUUAUGAGGUUCGUAAGUUAACUGCUCUGGCUUUUCGAAGUUUGUCCUGUCCGAAUGAUAAUUAUUUUCACAUCUAUAAUUCUGGGGGGUUCUUUGAUUUUUCACCGUCUUUGUCAGAAGACUGCUACUAUACAAACAGGGUGUCGGCUUGCAGUGAGCCAGAUGGCAUGGGUGCAGCUGAUAUAACAGAGCAGUGUCCAGAUUUCAGUUAUAGAGUCUGUGCUUUAUAUGACGAUGCUGAAGAAAGUAAGAUGUUACUUAGUGAUUCAUCUGACAGAAUACAGUUUGAGUGUGUUGAUGUAGCUGUGGAAUCUCAAGACAAAGAAGGCAGAGCAAGUAGAACUGUCCCAAAACGUCAAAUUGAACUUAGGAAACCACAGAGAAGUGAAUUAAAAGUCUUUACAUCAAAAGAUACUGUUCACUCCUCUGCUUAUUUUGAUCCUGCAAUUGAGAUGGGGAAUAGUGAAGAAACUUUGGAAUGUUUGCAAUUCAGUGAAAGUGCACCUUACGCAGAAAACACAAUUAACACAAAUGCCGAAAAUAAAAUUGGAAAUAACAAGCUGCCACAGCAGGCAAUAUACGCAGAUGGACAAUCACCAAAAAACAAAUUUGCAUCCUGCCUUUUAACAAAUGUUAUAUCCAAAAAAAUGCAGCGUGAGCAAGAUCUCAUGAUAGAUCAGGAAUUUUGUAAUCUUCCACAUGUCUCAAUCAUUCCAGCCACAACCUUUGAGAAAAAGGAAGAUUUUGCUCUUUCUCCAAUUGCUUUCCAACAGAUGAUGCAUGAAACUUCUGCUUCAAAAUCAGAAUCCAGUAACUCUUUAGAUUUUGUUCAAGAUAAUUUAAGAAUAAGUGCUUGUGAACUAAAUGAUGAUAAUACUGAGGAAAAUGGAAACUUGGAUCAAAAGCGCAGUCACAGUUCUUUACAGUGUGAGGGUGCUUUAAUUUUGUCCGCACAGAACAAUAAAACUCCUCCCAAUUGCCGCAGAACCAAUGUACUUAAGAAAUGGAGAGAAGGUAAUAUAGACAGCCAGACAGAAGCAGAUGCUGAAAGAACUCUGGAACUGAGUACUGCAAAAUCAUGCACCACAUUUAAUGAUCUUAGCAUCAAUGCAGCUUGGAAAGAGAAUAACCUGAGUGCACCAUGCAUGUCAGUAGAUAAAUGUGCACGUGUGAGUUCACAAAGUACUGAACAAAAUCCAGAUUUAAAUGACAGUGUGCGAUGUGAGGUGGCACCAUAUGAAGAUAAAACUGAUGACACUCAGUUAAAUAACUAUUCAUACAAAACCAAUGCUUCAAGUGAUAUUCUUGCACCCACAUCACGAAAAAUGCUAUACAAUUCCAGAAAAGCAAAUGUUAAAAGAUCUAUCUCACAUGGUAACCCAAGGCCAGCUCGUCUCACACCAGAUUUCAGUUUUGCUGAUCUUGACCUCAAGAAUCGAAUGCCUCCUGUUUUAUUACGAUUCAAAUCUGCCAAAACUAAACUUUCACAGUAUGAUAUUAAGGACAACAUAUUUAUAAAAAAUAAAACAAAAUUCCCUACUUAUGUCAGGGAUGUGAAAAAACUCAGUCAAAAUAAUUAUUUCAGAUCACCAUCCUGUGCCACUAAAGCUAAAUGCGAUGUAUUAGAAGAGGUUGGUGACCCUUCCAGUACAAAGAAACAACUUCCAGCUACUCUACACAAAGCACCAGUGAUUGACAACUCUUGUUCACCAAUUUUUAUUCAAUGCCAGUCAGUAAGUAGAAAAUCUGACAUAGAUGAUAGCAACCAUGUUGCAGCUGACAAGAAAUGUUUGAUCAGUUCGGAAAGUUCAGAUACAUCAAGGUUAUUUUCCUCUGACUUCAAAUUGCCUAUUCCAUGUAAGAAACAAGAUAAUAAGGUAACUUCUGCUGAAAGAAUAUGUAAAGAUGAUGCUACAAAAGACAACGAAAAUCGCAUAGCUGAACCCUUGAAUAAUUUAACUAAUGUGCUAACACCUGAAAGGAAAAUGCAAGUCAUACCAAUUUCAAAUAAUAAAGAAUUUCAAUCACCACUUACGAAAGUCCAGGUUGAAGAGGAAACCCCAAAAAUCAGUUCAGCCAAUUUUUUGUUAAAUAAUAAAAUUACUGCACCAAGGGAAAGUAAACAACAAAAUGAUUUCCAGGCAGCACUGGAAACACUCAAAGUACAUCCAUCAAGUUCCGGUUCAACAUUUGAAGAUACUGUCUACUCAUUGACCAAUAAAGAGACUAAUCAAGAAAUCCAGUGUGAGUUAGAAAACAAGAAUUCUAAUUCAAAUGAGGAAGAUAUCCAAAUGGAACGCUAUAAAGAUGAACAUGGAUGGAUUCCAGAAAGAAUACGAAGUCACAAAGAGGAAAAGGGUAUUCACACUAAAUUGGAAAUACAGGAUCACCCACUAGGGGUUAUUUGUUAUAAUAAUGAGCAAGUUGAUCUAUCAAAUGGAAAAAAUGAUCCUCAAGAUGGUAGUCAAGUUUGUUUGGAGAGCCAUAAUACACUCUUCAGUAAUUCAACUAGCAGCAACAAAAGCAUAGAAAAGUCAUACUGGAAAGGUGAUCCUAAUGAUUAUAUUAAUAAUGGCUUGCAGCAUCCAAAUGAAUGUUUGAAGAAAUCAACUUCCAAUGAUAAAGAAACUCAAACACCUACAAGAAAAAGUAAACUGAAGAAAGAACUUAAAUUUAAAUUAGAGAAUGAAAACAAAAUGUUGGAAAAUUUAACAUCAAACAAUGAAUGCCUUGAACUUCAAGUCAAUUCAAAUGAGCACAAUAAACUCUUUGAAAUUUCUGCUUUUAAUGGAGAAAGAAACGAAUUGUUAUCUGAUGAUGUUGAAGAUCAGGUAGCCCCUGAAGCAGAUGACCGGAGUGAAAUGGCUUUCGAAAGCAAAGGUAGUAAAAGUGCAAGUGAUAUGCAAAGUGGGUUGCCAAAUGAAACAGAUUGUCCACCUAAUUCCAGUUCAAACAUCACAGGAAUGCAAUCAUCAUCUGUUAAAAAUAACCUUAAAGAAGGGAUUGAUUAUGGAGUAGAAAAUCAAAGCAAGUUGCAAAAUCACAUCACAAACAUCAAGUUACAAGAAAUUAAAGAUAAGAGCAACCAUUUUAAAACUGAGUCUACCAGCUCUCAAAGAACAGAUGAUAAAGUACCGACAGCCGAAGACGACGGAUUGACAGUAAUUAGUGAAUCACAAUUGAACAAAGUUAGCAAUAACAUUUUGACGGUUUCAGAGAAAGAAAAACAAGGUCUUGCUAAAGAAUGUUCUAAGUCCAGUAAUAGCAAAACUGCAGAUGAACAACUUUCAACUUUGAAGGCCCAAAUCCCAAAUGAAAUUAGUGUACCAGUUAUAUCCGCUUUAAAAACUGUUAUUCCUUUGGAGUCAUCUAGUUGUUCAGAGACUAUAAAAAGAUCAGCAGAUGCAUCAUUUCAAGAAAUUGAAGAUCAAAAUGUUUGUAAUAAAUUAGAAUUUUCAGCUGCCAUUCAGAAAAUGGAAGUUAAUACGCUGCUGGCACCACAGACUCCGUCAUGUUUCACAAAUUUGAAUGUGAAGUCAAUCAUAUCUAAUAAUUCUGUAGUUAACUCAUCCAGCAAUACAACUCAAGAUCAAGAACAGCAACUGUCCUUAGAAAUGGAAAAGUUGGGAAUGAACAACACACGCGCUCAAGAAGAUCCAUCUACUACAUCAGCCCCAAUCAAUUAUCUUUCCAUUCCUUCUGAAGAACACAAGCUAUAUGCAUCACCUCAGCUACAAAUGCCUGCUUCUCCACAAUCUGUUAUUCAUAAUGCAGACCAUUAUUCAACAAGAAAUAGUUCUCACCAUCAAAACUGGGAAACUAUAGAUUCUCAUCAACAAGAGCAACAACCAUUACAUCACCAGUGCCUUGGAGAUAUCUUCACAUUGGAUAACACUCCACAGCAUCCAUUUUAUACUUCUUCUCAUGUGCCAAAUCAAGCAGAACCUCAAUUAGUUCAUUUUACUUCAACCAGGAAAACUCCAGAAAAAUGUUACAAAGUGCCUCAGUCACCUCAGUUGAUGGAUAAUCCACGGCUCCCUUGCUUCCAGUAUUCAGAAGCUCACAAGAAAGUGCUUAUUGAUCCAGAGACAGGAAAGCACUACUUUGUUGAAGCACCAAUACAAUCUCCACGUAAGAUGCUGUUUGAUCCAGAAACAGGUUGUUACAUUGAAGUAAUAAUACCUCAACAACCAUAUGGUGGAUUUUAUCAGACACCAUUCUCUCCGCAUGUUUUAUAUCCAAAUACCUUAAGGCCUUCGUAUAUACCCAGAAUGCAAUAUUCUGAUUUAAUAUCAACACCUCUCAUUGCAUAUCCAGGUCUAUCUCCUGGCUCUCCUGAAGCACAAACACAAUCACAACCAAAUAGCACUAAUGCUUGUGCAUCAGAAAUGCAGCAUCAUAUAAAGGAUAUGCCAAAAAUUACAUUAGCUGAAACUAAUUACAUGGAAAGUACAUAUUCCACUCCAAUGAGUGCUUCUGUAAAUCCUAAUCCAACUCAGAGCUCUACACAAGUAAAAUCCAUCCAUUCAGAAUAUUGUGCAGAAGUUAAAGAUAACUCUAACGUCAUGUUAUCAUCUCAGCAAAUCUGAGGAGCGGACAAUUUUGCCCAUGACCAACCUAAUGGGUUUUAUUGAGGGAGCAUUCUGCACCAAAUGAUGUUAAAAGGGCAUGUGCCUGAAGUGCUAAAUGUAUGUUUUCUUUGCAGGUGCUGCCUGACCUGCGUGUUUUCUGUGUUUUUUAAAUCAAUAUGCUUAAUUAGAAUUUAUGAAAUAUUUUGUUAUCAACUUUUCCUAUAACAAAUGCUGAACGUGAAAAUUUUAACUAAAUGAAAAGGUUAUAUUAUACACAUAUUUUAGGAUAUCUGCCUACUGAAACAAACUAUUUGUUCUUGAUAAUUAAUGUAAUUAAAAAGUAUAA